AUGUAUCCAAGAGCAAGCUUAGCAGGCCUGCCCACCGAAAUCCGGCUCAAGAUCUUCAGUCUUGUGAUCCAGCCCAACGAACUCAACGAAGCUGACCGGGAAAAGAAAUGGCUAACCGAGCAUCUCGGAGAGCUGGUCGCUAUUCACUACUCCGAGCACAGACCGCCUCGGCUUAUCAAGUCCUGCAAGGGAGAGCCUGGCUGGCAGCUCUUGCGGGUAUCACGAACAUGCUAUGAUGAAGCAGCACCUAUGCUAUAUGAGAAACAAGGUUUCUACCUUUUCAACGACUACGACUGGUCUAUGUGGUGGCGUACUCAGCCCUUUGUGGAUCUACCUUCCUUCGAGCUCUUUCACACUCAGCAUCUCAUUCCAUAUGGAUUCGCUUUUAUCCGAGAAUUGGCAUUCCAACCCACACCGGAGAUUUCCAAAUAUUUCGUAAAAGCAAUAGAACGGAAUUUCCCGUCACUUCACACUCUCAGAGCUUUUCGCCAUAUCUACAUGCAUAACUCACGGCUGGUGCGCGAGCUAAGGGAAGUAUGGGUAGAGUUUCACAGAUUCGUGCUGUUGGCUGCCCUUGUUAUCACAAGUAACCACUCGAAACUCAAGUAUGCGAAGUGGUCUGACCAACGUAUCCAUCCGGACGCCGACGCCAAGGACACAAUACGGACGAUGACGGUAAAAUUAAAUCCAGACAACAUGCUAUUAUCGGGUGAGGCAGGAUUGUUAGAUUUAAAACGCAUAUCGGAGCAGCCGUUGUCUGAUGCCCGUGUUUGGAGUGAUGCGGUCAAAGACUCGUCUCUCCGCAUUGAAGACUUUUUUGCAGUCGGAGCUGAGAUCUAG